AUGCUGGAAGACGUCAUCUGCCAGUCGAACGUGAGCAAAUGUAAUGAUGCUGAUAAUUAUCUGCUAGUGGAAUUGGAGGAGUGUUACCGAGUAUUUCGGACAGAGUUGGUGAAGGUGGAACUCCCGGGAAGCUACGAGAAGCAGUUCUGGGAGAUGACGGACGAUGAGCGGCGUGAGAGCGUCUCGCUGCUUAGGCAGCAGGGCAACAAGCUCUUCAAUAACAAGCGGCCUGCCGAGGCCGGACUCAAGUACAAGGAAGCCAUCGCCAGGCUCGAUAAUCUGAUGCUCAGGGAGAAGCCGGGAGAUACGGAUUGGGAGGAGCUGAAUGUGCAGCGAAUGCCUCUUAUGCUUAAUCUGAGUCAGUGCCAGCUGAUAGGAGAGGAGUACUACAGCGUCAUCGACCUUUGUACAACUGUGCUGCAGCACCUAAAAGAUAACCCAAAGGCGCUGUUCCGCCGGGGCAGAGCGUACGCUGCACUGUGUGACGAGCCUAAUGCGCAAGCUGAUCUCCAGCGCUGCAUUGAGGUGGAUCCGCUCAGUGAGCCCAGCUGUCGACGCAUCCUGGCUAAACUCUCCACUGAAGUUAGAAAGCAUAACGAACGAGACAAGAAAAUUUAUUGUAAGCUAUUCAAUAGCAACCAUGCUGGAGAAGACAGUGCACAGUCCCGCGAGGAAACACUCGACCAAGUGUUACGUGGAAAUCAGAAACAAAGCCAAGGAGUCUCCCAGUACCAUGGCCAACAAAAAGAUGUUCUUAAAAUAAAAGAAAAAUGUGGAUCGGAUGUGCAUAUCUGUAGAAAGGGUGAGAAUUUUAAGCAGGAUAACCCUAACAAUUGCGAUAGGGAGAUAAAAAAAGAUUUUGAUAAAAAAGAUGAAAAAUUUAAUGCAGAAGAUGAAGGUCGAGUGAGUUCCAGGAUGAGUAAAGAAGAAACUACGACUGAGAAAGUAACAUUUAGUGACAUGACGGAAACCGACAUGGAACUUUCGGCAGUCGAAGCAGAGAUGAGUUUCUCUGGGAGCAAAGUCGAUGCUAGUAAGGACGAAGAUACCGAGAAAGAGUAUGUGGUCUAGUGGUGCUAUUUUGGCUUCCUGUUUGUGCCUAAUAUUUUAUCAAAUGAUGCUUCUUGUAUAUGUUUUUAUCGUCAUCUGCUGAUUACGAGUUAUUUUUUAUCUUCAAAGUUUAUUCUGUGUCUUUUCACAUUUUAGCUUUUUUAUCUUCAAAGUUUAUUCUGUGUCUUUUCACAUUUUAGCCUGUACAAGUAUUAAAUAUUUUUUAACACGAUUUGUGUACACACAUCUAAUUUGUCAAUCAGUGUCAAUAAAUUCAUUUAUUUUUAGCUAUAAGAAUUUUCAGUUUUUACUCCAGGUUUUAGAACAUUGAUACGCACAUGCCAUAAUAUUAGCUCACAAGUGUUAGCGUUAUAUAUUAUUUAUCUGGAAUGAACCAUUUAAUGUUGCUGUUCUUAAGAUGAUUGUUGAUAAUUAAUCGUGAAUUUCUAAUUUUAAGAAAAAAUUGAGUUUUUAUAUUUUAAAGUUUUAAUUUAUGAUUUUAAUAGUGUCCUUCUUGUCAGGACUGUCGCAUAACUUUAGUCGAGUUAUUCCAUGAAAUUGAAUUUAUCAUGUGAUUAUAUCUGAUUAUUUAUUUAUUUUAUUACAGAAUUUUUAUUGUAUUUACAAUUUGUCCCUAUGCAAGCUCUUUUUUUUAAAGGCAUCUCAGUUGUGUAGGCAGGAUACUUGCACUUCUCAGUUGUGUAGGCAGGAUACUUGCACUUCUCAGUUGUGUAGGCAGGAUACUUGCACUUCUCAGUUGUGUAGGCAGGAUACUUGCACUUCUCCACUCAGUCUGUUUAAUGAGGCUGACGAUCGUACCAGCAACCUCUUGCACGGGCAUCUCUGUUUCUCUUCAUCAAUAAAUUUUUCAGGUGUUUGAGAUUUCAACGCUGUUUCGGUGUUAUCAGUUUAAAUUCAUCUAUUAUUUGAGUUCCUUCCUUUUUCUAGGUGAUCAAUUACAAGAUUAAUUGAAACCGUUUCUGUAUCGUAGAGUGAAACUAAAGAGGUUUAUUUUUCUGCAACAUCGACUAUAUUGCUAAAGCACCCUUGAAUUUUCCUCAUCAAUUCAUUGAUUGCAUUCGUCAUUGCUGUGCCAAAGGAUAUUAACUUCGCUGCUUAAUUCAUAUUAAGUAUGAAUGCCAUAUUAUUUUAAAUGACUGUCUUCAUGAUGAUGCGUUGCAUCGACCAUGUUAAACGAUUUUAAUUGGUAGUUAUGAGUUUGUACGUUGUUCAUCUUAUUCAAUGCAU